CUAGUUGUGUUAGUAAUCUGUCAGCCUGGAGCUAAAGACCCACACACACAUACACACACACACACCGCUGGUCACUCUCCUCUCCUCUCUUCCGGAUCACCCUUUUUGAUGGGUAACGUGUGUUUCUUUCAUUUCCUCUCAAAAACAAAGUUUUAUAAGGCGACGUGUGAAUCUUAAUCGACGCUUAGAUGCAAACUCAACGGUUAUCCCGAAAUAUCAGCCACGUCUUAAUGUUGUCAAGCCAAUACUUGCUAUCGUCUGUAAGCUGCAGAAGACCCUCCUAUGUGAUUUCAACUUGGCGCAUGUGAUCAAGGACAGAUGCACUGCCCCUGCUGCCGCUGCAGAUAUGCAAUUACUAUGCCACUGAGAGAAGAAUAACUUUUGUCGCAUUUUAAUUCCUGGAGCUGCUUUGGGCACAGUUGAAACUUGAUUAAAAAGCCGCUGCUCAGAACUGUCUCUCUCAGCUGAUUUCUUUGAACCAUCACAUCGUAGUGUGCAAACAAUCAUGGCACUGGAGGCCAACUGAGACAAAGGGGAUUCUACUGGAAGUUUAAAGUCUGGAGGGGACUGGACUAAGAGCACGGACUCACAGUGAGAUGCAUCAUGCUGCAGGGACACUAGGCUCACUGUUUAGAUUCUACUGUGUGGUACUUUUUUUCCUUUUCCUGCAAUCGCAUCGCUUUGGAUGGUUCAACCCAAGGAUGACUUUGAGGAAAUCCAUCAGUGGCUGUGGUUUGGUCAAAGCUGACAAAGCUUUUGCCAGCUAUUGCUGAUUUAGUAUCCUUCUCCACUGCUCCAAUUUCUGUAGCCCCCUUCGCUAUAGUCUCUAUAGCCCCUGUAGCCCCCUUCGCUAUAGUAUGGUGAGUGAUGCCUGGAGGCAUCUCAGGAUUGGAACUGAACCAUUAAUACUUGUGAAGCUGGUUUCUUGAAGGAUUGUGUUCCAUUUUUUAAGGACCUUUAUUUCUUUGCACUGGAAAAAACAGCCCAACCCAGUCAAGGUCAUUAAAGAAAAUAAAGAAGAAAAGUUAAAUCCCAGAAAGACGACCCAGGAGGAUGAAACUGAGGAAACAAGUGACAGUGUGCGGCGGGGCCAUAUUCUGUGUGGCUGUAUUCUCACUGUAUCUGAUGUUGGAUCGAGUCCAACAUGACCCUGCAAGGCGACAGAAUGGGGGGAACUUUCCACGGAGCCAAAUCUCAGUCCUGCAGAACCGGAUAGAGCAGCUGGAGCAGCUCCUGGAAGAAAACCACCAAAUCAUCAGCCACAUAAAGGACUCUGUGAUGGAGCUCACAGACACAGGAGCUGUGUCUCCCAGUGGCCACCUGCCAUUCAGAAGUGCCAAUGGUUCCUGGGUCCUGCCAUUUGAUGGCCGCCCCACUUUCCUCGCUGUCAAAGCCCAGGAUUGCCAGUUUGCCGUUGGUCAUCAUGGUCAAUCAGAUGUUCAGAUGCUGGAUGUCUACUCCCUCCUGAAGUUUGACAACCCUGAUGGUGGCGUAUGGAAGCAGGGCUUUGACAUAACUUAUGAACCUGAUGAGUGGGACAAUGAGCCACUCCAAGUGUUUGUGGUCCCUCACUCUCACAAUGAUCCAGGUUGGAUUAAGACAUUUGAUAAGUACUUCACGGACCAGACACAGCACAUUUUAAACAACAUGGUGGUGAAGCUUGCUGAGGAUCCUCGUAGGAAGUUCAUCUGGUCGGAGAUUUCAUACUUAUCCAAGUGGUGGGAGACGGCAGAUGUACACAAACAGGAGGCUGUGCGCAAACUGAUCCUUGGAGGGCAGCUAGAGAUUGUGACAGGAGGCUGGGUGAUGACAGAUGAAGCCAGUGCACACUACUUUGCCAUGAUAGACCAGCUCAUUGAAGGACACCAGUGGCUGGAGAGAAAUCUGGGUGUAACUCCUCGCAGUGGGUGGGCUGUAGACCCUUUUGGCCACAGUGCUACGAUGCCCUAUCUGCUGAGGAGGGCCAACCUGACCAGCAUGCUUAUUCAGAGAGUCCACUACUCCAUCAAAAAGCACUUUGCCUCAAUACGUAGCCUGGAGUUUAUGUGGAGGCAGGCCUGGGACACUGGAUCAAGCACAGACAUAUUCUGCCACAUGAUGCCAUUCUACAGUUAUGACGUGCCUCACACCUGUGGGCCUGAUCCAAAGAUCUGCUGCCAGUUUGAUUUCAAGAGGUUACCAGGUGGUCGGAUAAACUGUCCCUGGAAAGUGCCACCAAAAACUGUGGUGGAGGCCAACAUAGCUGAGAGAGCGAACCUCCUACUGGAUCAGUACCGUAAAAAGUCCAAACUCUACCGCAGCAAGGUGCUUCUUGUCCCGCUGGGAGACGACUUCCGCUACGACAAGGCAUUGGAGUGGGAUCAGCAGUAUGUCAACUAUCAGAAGCUGUUCGACUACAUGAAUUCUCACCCAGAGAUGCACGUACAGGCUCAGUUUGGGACUCUCACAGACUACUUCAGUGCUGUAUAUAAAUCACAGGGAGUGGUCCAGGGAUCCAGACCUGCAGACUUCCCGGUGCUCAGCGGAGAUUUCUUUGCCUAUGCAGAUCGUGAAGAUCACUACUGGACUGGCUAUUUCACCUCAAGGCCCUUUUACAAGAGCCUGGAUCGUGUGAUCGAGUCGCACCUCAGGGGGGCAGAGAUUCUUUACAGCCUGGCGGUUGCAAAUGCUCGACAUGCAGGCAUGGAAGGGCGCUACCCAGUUUCAGAUUACGCCCUGCUUGUCGAUGCCAGGCGAUCAGUUGGUCUCUUCCAGCAUCAUGACGCCAUCACUGGCACUGCAAAAGAGAAUGUUGUUGUUGACUAUGGCACCAGAUUACUGCGCUCACUCAUUGGUCUGAAGAGGGUAAUCAUCAAUGCUGCUCAUUUCCUGGUGAUGAAGAAUAAAGAGUUUUAUCGCUUUUACCAGACGGAACCCUUCCUUGAGACGGAUGAUAGGCGUGCUACUCAAGACUCUCUGCCUCAGCGCACUUUAAUUGAGGUGGACUCAGCAGGGCCGAGGUACCUGGUUCUGUUCAACCCCAUUGAGCAGGAGCGUCUGUGUGUGGUGACUGUGCUGGUGAACACAGUCAGGGUGCGGGUGCUUACUGAGGAUGGACAGACCCUCCCUGUGCAGCUGAGUGCUCAGUGGAGCUCUGCUAGUCAAAUGAGUGCAGAGGUUUUUGAAGCAACAUUCAUGGUGCGUCUGCCUCCUCUGGGUCUGGCUGUUUUCCAUGUUUAUGACUCUCCAGAUUCGCCCAUGACUCUCCGCUCUGAUACGCUGCUCAGGCUUUCUGGGCGCAGUGUUCCCGCCCGUGCUGCUGACCCACUCCCUGUUCGCUCUCAGCUCUCUGACCCUCAGACCUUCUACAUCAGCAGUCAGUCCCUCACACUUGGCUUCUCUGGAACCACUGGCCUGCUGGAGAGCAUAAAGCGUAAAGACGAUCCUCAGGAGGUAAAGGUUCAGAUGCAGUUUGUGGUUUACGGCACUCGCCCUUCUAAAGACAAAAGUGGGGCUUACCUUUUCCUGCCUGAUGGAAAAGCAAAGCCCUACCACCAGAAAGAAUCACCUGUGGUGCGCGUCGUAGAGGGGCCUCUCUUCUCAGAGGUGGUGGCACACUACCAGCAUUUCCAGCAGAGCAUUCGCAUCCACAAUGUGCCAGGCGUCGACGGGUUGUCUAUAGACAUCACCACCAUGGUGGACAUCAGAGAUCAGACCAAUAGGGAGCUGGCCAUGCGACUGGUCACUGACAUCCAAAAUGAAGAUGUCUUCUACACAGACCUCAACGGUUUCCAGAUGCAGCCUCGGCGCCGCCACCUAAAGCUUCCCCUGCAGGCCAACUUUUAUCCCAUGCCGAGCCAGGCUUACAUCCAGGACAGCCAUCACCGCCUCACGCUGCACACAGCUCAGUCUCUGGGUGUCAGUAGCUUGGAGAAUGGCCAGCUGGAAGUGAUUAUGGACCGGCGGCUAAUGCAGGACGAUAAUCGUGGACUGGGCCAGGGCGUGAAGGACAACAAGAAAACCGCCAACCGUUUCCGACUGCUGCUCGAGCGGAGGUCCACUGGCAACAAGUAUGAUGGCUUCUUUGCCAGACUGUCAUCCAUGCUUAGUUCUUUCAUCUCCAAAUUCUUGACUGGAGUUCAAGAGAUGAUGGACAGCUCAGCAACAACAAGCUUCCCGUCCAUACUCAGUCACAUGACCAACGCCAUCCUGAACCGCGAGGUCCUGGCGUUGCCCGUGUUGCCCAAGAGACGCGGCAUUCCUCCUCUGCAGACCUUCGCUCCUCUCAAGUCCAUCAUGCCCUGCGACUUCCACCUGGUGAACCUGCGCAGCAUCCAGAGCCAGCAGCAGGACCCCCACGCUCCAUCUCCAUAUACAGCCUUGCUUGUUCACCGUCUGGCGCUGGACUGUGGCCUUGAGGCUCAGAACCUGGGUUUCAACUGCACCACCACUCAAGGACAGCUGAGCAUCUCAGGACUGUUCAAGAACCUGGACCUGCAGCUUCUUCAGCCCAUGUCUCUGACCCUGAUGCACUCCGGCUCACCUCUGGCCAACGACUCCACCGUCAGCCUCGAUCCCAUGGAGAUCUCAGCCUUCAAGCUCAAACUGCGCUAAGAGCGUCGUGAACUGAACGAGGCAGUGAUGAUUAAAAAAA